UCAACACAGGAGAAACCAAGGUGGUUGGACACCGCUUGAGUUUCCGUAAAUCAAUGUUGUGGGAGCUAUAGCCUUGCAAGGCCUUUAGCCUUUUCAAACUUCAACGCCAAAGAUAUUUUAUCGUCAAAGUGCAUUAAUUCUACAGUGUAGAUGCACCCUUAAUCUAUCCAUUGGUUGCCGGGUGGAGAAGACGGAAGAGAAGGGUCUCCAUGUGUUUUGGAGGAACAUUGAUCCUGAAAUCCCUUCUCCGAGACUGGUGUUUGGAAUAUGCAGCGUUUUGUGGAAAAGGCAGUUAAAAUUUCGUCAAAGUGCAUUAAUUGUACAGUGUAGAAGCACCCUUAAUCUCUGGAGAGGACGGAAGAGAAUGAUCUCCAUGUGUUUUGGAGGAACAUGAUCCUGAAAUCCCUUCUCCGAGACUGGUGUUUGGAAUGUGCAGCGUUUCGUGGAAAAGGCAGUUAAAAUUUCGUCAAAGUGCAUUAAUUGUACAGUGUAGAAGCACCCUUAAUCUCUGGAGAGGACGGAAGAGAAGGUCUCCAUGUGUUUUGGAGGAACACUGAUCCAGAAAUCCCGUCUCUGAUUUCUCUGUUUCGUGGAAAUGCUAUGCUUUCCCAGUGCCAAUUUCCAAGGAGUUGGGUCUUUGGGGAAGUGGGGACGGACGCCAGCAGAUGUGGGGCAGGAUGGUCCCCAUCGCCGUCACCGUCCCCAUCGUCAUCCUUCCCCGGGAGAUUAACCCUGUGGGCCCCGCAGCCCUCGUCCUUCUGCUCCUUUUGCCCAGGCCUCUCUGAUUAAAUCAUCUUGAGGUAAUUCUGCAUGUCAUUGAGACAGAUUAACGGCUGACCUUCUUCUCCCAGGAUAGGGCUGGGAGGCGGCCGGGGCCUCGCUCGAUCUCCAACGAGAGAGAGGCAGACCGACCCGGGGCAAGGAGAAGGCUUUGGUGACCUUCGGUUGGAGCAGAAGGGGACUCCAAAGCGCCAUGGAUCCCGAGGAGAAGCUCCGGCUUUGAGCCCGAAUACGGAACGACGGUGGGGAGCCAAAGGGAUUUGCCGCCGGCCCAAAGCUCCUUGGUUCUGGCCCUCGCCGGAGCCCACCAUAAAGAUGAGAAGGAUGCCCCACCGGAAGAAGCGCAAAGCCCAGGGCUAGCCCCUUCCCCUCCCGGCCUGGAGCCAGAAACAUGGUCUUGCCGGCGGCCAGCAGCAACAUGGAGCUGCAGCCGGACAAAGGGCUCCGCGUCCGCAACAACACCGGAGACUGGAGGCUGAGCUACGAAGAGUUUCGGAACCGAAGAAACUCCAUUCCGCCGGCAAAGACGCCCACCGCCAAGCACAUGUUGGCGUAUCUGCCUCGGCCUCCCACAGAAACAAGCAGUUACGGGACCUUCACCCAGAAGCCUGAAAUGAUAGCCGUUGCGAUGGAUCCUUCUGAUGAGACCCAGCUGGGGAUGGAAACCACAACCACGAAGAGAAGUGCCCUGCAAUGCAACUACGUCUCCAUGUCCUGCAGCCCGAAUAUCCCCAACGACAGGUCCGUCCUUCUCCAGAGGAGAAUGAGCACGACGGAAGGGGCCUACAGUACGGCGGUGCCAACCAAGCAACGGCCCAGCGUCUCCAUCAACACGGAGGAGCUGCCCAGAUACCACCGGUCCUCCCGGACAGACCCACUGCCACCUUCGCUGCUGAGGGAAUUAAAUGCGCGGCUGUAUCCUCAACACACUUUCGGUUCGCCCAACAUGAACUCCGGUCGGAACAAAACCCCAACCCGCAGCAUCAUCUCUGUGAACAACUCGGAGAAAGGGCAAAACAAGCGCUGCAAGCUCAUGGAGGACGACCGGCAGUUCAGUUCGGGCAACAAGCAGCAAAGGCAGCGCUACGUCACCAAGGUGGGCAAGUGCCAGGUGAACUUGGGCAACAUCCAGGAGAAGAAGAGGUUCUUGUCGGACAUCUUCACCACCAUUGUGGACCUCAAGUACCGGUGGUUCCUCUUUGUCUUCAGCAUGUGCUACAUCAUCACCUGGGUGGCCUUUGGCGUCAUAUAUUACUUUGAUUCCUGGAUACGGGAUGACGUCAACCAUAUAGGUGACCCCGACUGGAAACCUUGCAUCGAGAACCUAGAUAAUUUCAUCUCUGCUUUACUCUUUUCUGUAGAAAGCCAAAGGACGAUUGGCUACGGGUCUCGGAUUGUGACGGCCAACUGCACGGAAGGGGUCAUUUUGCUCAUGGCCCAGUCCAUCAUUGGCUCCAUGAUCGAUGCCCUCAUGGUGGGCUGCAUGUUUGUGAAGAUCUCCAGGCCCAAGAAGCGCGCCCAGACCUUAAUAUUUAGCAAGAAGUGCGUGAUCUCCCAUCGGGACGACCAGCUCUGCCUCAUGUUCCGGAUCGGGGACCUCCGGGACAGCCACAUGGUGGACGCGAAAAUCAGGGCCAAGCUGAUCAAGUCCCGGCAGACGAAGGAAGGGGAGUUCAUCCCUCUGGAGCAGUCGGAACUCAACCUGGGCUACGACACGGGCGAGGACCGCCUCUUCCUGGUGGAGCCACAGAUCAUUUGCCACGUCAUCAACGAGCAAAGCCCUUUCUGGGAGAUGUCUGCGGAAGCCUUGAAGAGGGAGCAGUUCGAAAUCAUCAUCAUCCUUGAAGGCAUCGUGGAAGCCACAGGAAUGACGUGUCAAGCCCGUACGUCCUACGUGGAGGACGAGAUCCUUUGGGGCUACCGCUUUGAGCCCUGCAUGAGCCUGGAAAAAGGCGCCUUCCGUGUCGACUACACCAGAUUUGAGAAGACCUUCGAAGUCCAGACCCCGGUGAUCAGCGCCCGCGAGAUGUACGAACAGAAGGAGAUGGAGAACCGGGACCAGUCGACCCUCAGCUUGUACUGGGACCAUCUGGUGCACCCUUGCUUCUCGGCAGAACUCAACAACGAAUCUCGGCAAGGCGAUGGUCCCAGCGAGGCAGGGAUCUCCAGGCUGGGCUUCUCCAACAUCACUGAAGAAGAGAGAAGCAACGAGUGCCAGAACCUGGAGGCCAGCGUUUGAAGCCACCACCACUGUUGGCUUCUGCUCAGCCAUGAAGACCUUGAGGUUGAUGAAGUGGUGCCUGCUGCUGGAUUGAUUUUUCCUCAUACUGAUGGCUGUCUUGAGCCCCUCGCAAAGAUGCCAGGAAAGCAGAAACAUCCAGGCAUUCUCUUGGUUUGUUUGGGAUUUAUGCGCUCAACUACUGUCGGCUUCAGGUUUCUCUUCCAAUCUCAAUCCAAUAAUAACAAUAAUAUUGCACUACAGUCAUGCAUUUCGGGGGGCUGGAAUCCCUUCUAAAGAGCCAUGUGUGAUCAAAAGCCUUGGUUUCUGCAAGCAGAUACCAGCUCUGGAAGCCUUUCAGAAGAAAGAGCAACAUCUUCUCACAGGCAGGACCAUCGAGGCUGAACCUGGGGAGCUUGCGCACUUUUGCUUGAAUUUCCUUUUCACUUUAUUUUCAAAUGAACGACGGGAAAAGCUUGGCUGCUUUGCAUCGGUGCUCCGGGGUGCAAUUUCGGAAGUGUCUCCUUGAUGUUUCUUACAGUGCCAUACUGAACUCUCAGUGUAGCUGGACCCCUUCUCCUCUUCUUCUUCUUUGCCUCACAGAAGCCUUUCGCUCCUGAACUCAUUUUACAGUCCCUUCGCCGCAUUAUCUGACAAGUGGAAUUACUUUUACCAAGAAGCCGUGCUCUUCUGCAACAAGGAUGUGGGGAGCAGGGUGGGACGAGGGAAUCGGCGGACAAAUAAAAAAGUUUCUUUUUGAA